AUGUAUUACCAACAACAUUCGUUGUUGCUACUUGCUAGUGAAUAUCAAUCCGCUGCAAUAUUGUUGUUUUUUGUAGUGUGCUUCCCUCUCCAAGGCCACAUCAACCCUACUCUCCAGCUAGCCAAGAACCUCGCCGUCCUCGGCACCACCGUCACGUUCUCCACCGCCACCAGCGUCCUCGAACGCCUCCCUGCCUCCAACGGCUUGUCCUAUGCCUCCUUCUCCGACGAGAACUUCUCCCUCACUGCCGCCUACCUCGCAAACUUGAGGCAAUGUGGCCCCGAAAAUCUCACCAAGAUUAUCCAAAAGUCCCUCGACGACGGCCGGCCGGUGACCUGCCUGGUCUACAGCCUCAUGGUCCCCUGGGAUUCAACGGUGGCGCGUGACAUGCACGUCCCCUCCGCCUUCCUCGCGAUACAGUGCGCCGCCGCCUUCGCCAUUUAUAGCCGUUUCUUUGGCCGCGGCGGCGCUGAAUCGGAUGGAGGAGGGACUGAUUCAUCAGUUUGUGUUAGGAUACAAGAUUUGCCUACUUUAUCUAGUUGUGAUUUGCCAACAUUUGUAUUGCCUGAAAACGCCAUCAAUCCAGUCAUGGGGCCUAUGAUGAUAGAGCACAUGAAGGAGCUUCAAACCCUUCCAAAACCACUUGUUCUUCUAAACACAUUUCAAGAACUCGAGCAAGAGGCCAUCAAGGAGCUCGAGAGCAAGCUAAAUGUGCUUGCAAUUGGGCCGUUGAUCGCGACAAGCUACUCAUGUGGUGAGGAGAAUUACAUGGAGUGGUUGGACUCGAAGCCGGAGAAAUCGGUUGUGUACGUUGCAUUUGGUAGUUUGAUGGUAUUGGACAACGAGCAAAAGGUUGAGAUUUUGCAUGGACUUUUGCAGAGCAAGAGGCCGUUUUUGUGGGUAGUUAGAUCAUCGGAUAGCGAGGACGAGGAGGUGGAAGAAAUGGAUGAAGAAGAAAUGAAGAAAUGUGAUGGUAUGAUAGUGGCAUGGUGUUCCCAAAUGGAGGUGGUAAGCCAUAAGUCCAUUGGUUGA